AUGUUUAGAUGGAAGGUUUUUUUCUCUCUUCUAAGUCUUGUAUGUGCAUGGAUUUUGGUUGAUAUUAUUUCGAAUCCAUCUAAGAAAGAAACUCAUUGGUUGUCAGAUGUAGCAUCUUAUCCAAUACCUUUUAGUUUGAUUGAGAAAAUUGCUUUAGAAUUAGAUCCUUUCUUAAAAAGCUUAACAACAGGGACGGAUUACUUUAAAUAUUAUCGGUUAAAUCUUUUUGGUACUCAGUGUUCUUUCUGGGGUGUUGAGGAUGGGCUGUGUGGCAAUUAUGCUUGUAUGGUUGAUACUUUGGAGGAAUCAGCGCUUCCUGAAGCAUGGAAACUUUCUUCACUAGGGAAAAUUCGAGGUCUUACUGCAGAGCAGCCACAUCAUCAUGCAAGUUCAACUGGGUCGCCUUUAGGUGGUGCAUUAGGAAGUGGGACUUCUGAAUUAUGUGUUUAUGAAGAAUCAGAUCAUUCAAAACGAGAUUAUUGUAUUCCCGAAGACGAGUCAACUGAAGAAAAUAUUGUCUAUGUAUCUUUAGUAGACAAUCCUGAAAGAUAUACUGGUUAUUCUGGUCCUAGUGCGCAUCAAGUUUGGAGAGCUAUAUAUAGAGAAAACUGUUUUGUUCUCCCUUACGAUUUUGUAGUUCCAUUAAAAGAAUUUUCUUCUGCAAAUAAACUGGAAGCAAUAAUGUUGCAUAAAAACAAUCGGGGAUCCCAGAAUAACGAUAAGAAGUACAAUGCUAUGAUGCAAGAGUCUGUUUGUCUUGAAAAAAGAGUAUUUUAUCGGAUUAUAUCAGGUAUGCAUGCAAGUAUAUCGACUCAUUUGUGUAAAGAAUAUUUAAACAAAAUGACUGGUUUAUGGGAGCCGAACUUGCAAUGUUUUAUGGAACGUGUUGGAAAUCAUUCUGAUCGGAUUGAAAAUAUAUAUUUUAAUUAUGUAUUAAUUUUACGAGCAUUAGCAAAGUUGCAUAACUAUUUAAAAAAUUAUACAUUUUGUGAAGGUGAUGUCAAAAGUAAUGCAAUAACUAAACAUAAAGUUAAUGAAUUGAUUCGAAAGAUAACUUAUUUUCCUAAUUUAUUUGAUGAAAAGCUUAUGUUCGAUACGUCACAUAAUAAUCAUGCAAUGCAUUUAAAGGACGAAUUUCGAAUGCGUUUUAGAAAUGUUAGCAAACUUAUGGAUUGUGUAAGUUGUGAUAAAUGUCGUUUAUGGGGAAAAAUUCAAGUUGCUGGGUUUGGCACUGCAUUAAAAAUUCUUUUUGAGUUUAAUGAUUCUUUACAUCAAGAUAAUUUUUUAUUAAGAAGAACUGAACUUGUUGCACUUAUUAAUACAUUCAACCGUGUAUCAUCUUCUAUUCAUUUUAUACAAGAGUUUCAUUCAGAAGUUUACUCUAAUAAAAAAAAAAGUGCUGAUAAAUCUAUUUUUUUUGGUUAUAUAUCUCAUUUUUUUCAAAACAUUGUUAAAAAUAUUAUUUCGUACAAAUCAGCUUUUAAUGUUGAGAAUUUUAUAAAAUCAUUUAAUGUUGAAUACAAUAACAUCAAAGAUGCGCUUAUAUUUAUUUUCGAGUCCUGGUUAAAAGUGUUUAAGAUCAUAUAUAUGCAUAUUAAAAAUAGGAAAAGUAUAUGGGGUUAUUUUUUGUGA